AUGCCCAACCGAACGUGGAAUAUUGUCGACAAAUUUUUCAGUGAAAAUGAAUUUCAAUCCUUUAUCGUACAAAAUGCUGUAUCUAUAAAACGUACAGAAGAAAUUGAAGCUGGAAAGAAGGUCAUAUAUCGAUGUUCAAAGUACAGAAAAUAUCCUGAGUGCGAUUUUCAAGUCAAAGUUAUUUUUUCUUAUGAUGGUGGAAUAACAGUUUCAACAUCCAAUGAACAUAAUCAUGCUCAUCGUACAUCAACAACACGAGCACCAUCACCAGUUAGAGAAAUUGUUAUAAAUUCUGUUGCAGCUGGUCUUUCUUACAUUCAAACACAUCGAGCUAUUGAACAUCAAUAUGAAGGUGUUGUUUCACGUUCACAAUUAUGUAGUUUAUUAAAUUACCAUCGAUCACUAAAAUUACCCGAUGUAAAUUUUGUCGAUGAUUUUUUUCUGUUAUAUAAAAUUAUUUGUUUAACACUCAUGGCUGAUAGACCAGUUGAUACAUCGGCUGAUCAAUUAGAUUCCAAGAGUGCAAUUAUACGAACAUCAACGCCGAAGCCCGAGAAAUUUGAUAUUGAUGACUCUACUGUAGUAACAGUAAAGAGUCGCAAAAAACUAAAUCCUCUAGUCAUAGCUGUUAUUGCUUUACUUGUGAUCGCGGUUAUAGCUACCGCCGUGGCUGUCCCAAUCGUUCUCUUAACUCGUCCGACAACAACAUCCACAACUGUUUCCGAGUCCACUAAUUCGUCUACCAUACCAUCAACGACAGAUGUCACUUCGACAAUUGCAGAAACAACAAUAAACGACGCUACAACAGUCACUACUACUCUAGCAGAGCUGACGGGAUGGCGUAACACUGGUAAUAUGAAUACUGCACGAUAUCAUCAUACCGCAUCCGUAUUAAGAAAUGGAAAAGUGUUAGUUACUGGUGGAGAUAAUGUUAGUUCUUCUUUUAGUAGUACUGAGUUAUAUGAUCCAUCAACAGAAAAUUGGACAAUGACUGAUACUAUGAAUGAUGCACGACGAGACCACACAGCAUCCGUAUUAGAAGAUGGACAAGUAUUAGUUGCUGGUGGAAAGAAUGAUUCUUUUGAAUUAGAUAGUGCUGAAUUAUAUAAUUCAUCAACAGGAACUUGGAAAGCGACUGGUACUAUGAAUGAUGCACGAUAUUGGCAUGCAGCAUCCGUAUUAAGAAAUGGUCAAGUGUUAGUUACUGGUGGAUAUAAUGGUAAUUCUUCGCUCGAUAGUGCUGAGUUGUAUGAUCCGUCAACAGAAACUUGGACAAUAACUGGUAGUAUGAAUUAUGCUCGAUAUUAUCACACAGCAUCCGUAUUAAAAAAUGGUCUAGUGUUAGUUACUGGUGGCACUAAUGGUACUUUUACUCUAAAUAGUGUUGAAUUGUAUGAUCCCGCCACGGGAAAUUGGACAGACACAGGUAACAUGAAUAUUGCACGACAUUGGCACACAACAUCUGUAUUAAACAAUGGAAAAGUGUUAGUUGCUGGUGGAUAUAAUGGUAGUUCUUAUUUAAAUAGUGCUGAAUUGUAUAAUGCAUCAACCGAAACCUGGACACUAACUGGUACAAUGAAUAGUGCACGAUAUAAUCGAAAAGCAUCCUUAUUAAACAAUGGAAAAGUUUUAGUCACUGGUGGAGUGAGUAUGGAGAAUAUCGCAAAUAGUGCUGAGUUGUAUGAUCCAUCAUCAGGAAGUUGGACACCAACUGAAAAUAUGAAGGGUGCACGAUUUUGGCAUACUGAAUCCAUAUUAACAAAUGGAAAAGUGUUAGUUACUGGUGGAUAUUUCCUUAAUGCUUUGAAUAGUUCAGAAUUAUAUUAUUUAUCUCCAACAAAUGAAUAA